GCCUGGAACCGCGUGAACCCCCACCCAGCGGCCGGCGGGGGUCGGGGACGGCGAGCAGCCGAGCGCGAGGUUGCCACCGCCGUGGUCGCGGCCGGCCCUGGUGGGCGGCCACCGGGCCUGUGGGUCCCGGGUCCGCCCUAACAUGGCCGCUCCCGGCAUCCCCCGCGGGCGCGGCGUGGGCGCCCUCCGCGGCGCGCAGGUCCCGCGAGAGGGAGAGCCAGGGGCCUGCAGGUGAGCGCCGGGCCCGCCCGGACCGGACAGGCGUGCCCUCCCGCGCGCCGCGUCCGGGGCGGCCCUUUGGGUCGAGGUGGGCGGCCGGCGCGGGGCGAGGCGCUCCCUGCAGGCCUUUUGCAGACUCUCGGCCGCUGCAGCAGCCCGGGCCGGGCCUGGGCCCCGCGGGGGUCCGCUACCCUGCCUCCCUCCACCCACCCCCGGGAGCUGAGCCAAGUGUGUGCUGACUGAGUGCAGCUUAGCAUGGCCCAGGAGGGCAUGAUCGAAGUGGAGCGGAAGUUUGUGCCGGGGCCUGGCACCGAGCAGCGGCUGCGGGAGUUGGGGGGCAGCCUGGAGCACCAGCUCACCUUCCGGGACAGCUACUACGACACCCCGGCGCUGAGCCUCAUGCGGGCCGACCACUGGCUGCGCCUUCGCCAGGGCAGCGGCUGGGAGUUCAAGUGUCCCGGGGCGGCCGGCCUCGCGGGCCCCCACACCCAGUACGUGGAGGUCACGGCCGAGCCCGCAAUCGUGGCCCGGCUCUGUGAGCUGCUGGGCGCCGAGGCCCCGGCCCCGGCCCCGGCGGGGGUGGACGCGGUGCUGGGCCCCCUGCGGCUGCAGGAGGUGGCCAGCUUCGUGACCCAGCGCAGUGCCUGGAAGCUGGCCCUGCCGGGGCCCCGCGCGGGCGCGCCGCUCCGGGUGGACCUGGACACGGCCGACUUCGGCUACGCGGUCGGGGAGAUCGAGGCGCUGGUGCGCGAGGAGGCCGAGGUCCCCGCCGCCCUCGAGGAGAUCCUCCGCCUCAGCAGCAUGCUUGGUGUGCCCACACAGGAGAAGGCACCUGCCAAACUGAUCGUGUAUCUCCAGCGCUUCCGGCCUCAGGACUACCUACACCUGCUUGAGGCCUCCACCUCACAGACCAAGAAGCCUCAGGAAGCCCAGUAGCGGGCUGGGACCACUCCACGCAGGACUCAGGGGACCAGACGUGGUGCCAGGGAUGGAACUCAGAGGACUGCUGCGGGUGCAGGCGAGCACCAUCCCCGCUGUAUUACAUCUCCAGCCCUGAGAGCAGUGCUACGUUAGCUCCCGAGCACUGAGGCCUCUGGAUAGCUCAGCAGAUAGGCCACAUCAGGAGCCAAGCAGGUGGAACAGAAUGAAAAGCCCACGGGCCCUCUGUGGCUAUACAGUCCACGGCACCACAGCAGUCGGGACAGACGCCCAAAUGUUCUGUUUCCCGUGAGGACAGAAGCGGCUCGGUGCGAGAGAGCUGGGCCUGCAGGGCCCGACACCCUGGACUGGAUCCCUGGCACCACACCCACAAAAUAAACAAAACAGAAAUGA